AUGGAUGAGAAGCGAGAUAACUUCAUCGACUGGGAUGAAUUCCUGACGCACCUGAUGCUGGAGUACCACGAGAAGGAAAUGCUGAUCAAGGAGCAUCCAUCACGAUCAAAUUCAGUAACAACUGCAGCAACAGCAAAACCAGCAACAUCUGAACCAGUUCAAGCAACAAGACCAAUAACAGCAGCAGCACAAGCAACAGAAGCAGAAAUGGUGUCAACAACUGUAGCAGUUCCACUACAGUCACUGGCAGAAAAGAGGAAGGAAACCACAGGCAUCAGCAAUUACAGGGCAAAACCAACAGAUACUACAACAGCAGAUCCACCACCAACAGAAACAGUGCCAAUAAAAGAAUCAAAGGCAGCAACAGCACGAAGAAUCCUGUCAGCACCACCACCACAUCCACUACCACUACCACCACCACCACCUCUGGCCACAGAUGAUCGUAAGUUUAGUUACCUGCAAGGAAAAUAUAUAACUGUAAGUCAUGAUGGAACAGUUAAUUAUUGGUCACUGGAAUUUGAUUUAGAGAAGACAGUCCGCUCUGAGACACCUGAACUGAAGACUACUCAGACAUUUGUGACAGAUCUUGUGUGCUUACCUGAUUGUGAAAUUGUUUGUACAAGUGCAACUGAGGAUUUGCGAUUUUAUGACACAUCGGCCAAUAAAUUUGAACUCCGUGUUAUGGUAACUCGUUGGCCAUCAGUUAUUAUGAAAAUGUAUUAUCAUUUCUAUGAAGAUGUCAAUCAAGAAUCUAUUCUCAUAUUAGGAGAUGCUGAUGGCAACAUAAGAAUACUAUUAAUUAAAGUUAAGAACAAAGGUCCAUUUUAUCAUACACCUGGCACUGAUGUGAUUCACAUACAUUAUGAAGGUCUUCUUUCUGUGAAAACUCAUUUGAUUGUUACUGGUGGGCGAGAUUGCAUCAUCCGUGUGUGGAAUGUAUUUGUGCAGGCCAAACCAAAGUACAGCUUUUUUGGCCACAAAACAGCAAUUGUCAGUAUUGAACUCCAAGAUUCUGGUCAAAAAAUAUUUUCUCUUUCUAAAGAUAAAACUAUAAAAGUGUGGGAUUUAACUUUACAGUCAUGCAUUCAGACAUAUGUUGGUAUUACUCCAGAACUUGGAGAGCUCACUCCAGCAGUGUCUUUCUACAAUCCCAUUAAUCGCAACUUGUUGGUUGCCAGCAUGAAACUAGCUAUUGUUGUAUGUCGUGAAGAAAUUGAUUUGACACAAACUGAUGGGUUCACACACACAAAACCUGUGACAAAUGCAUUAUACAAUGAACUUUUUAAAAUUCUGAUUACAGUUGGUCAAGAUUCAAGUAUUAUGGUUUGGGACCCGUGGAUUGGGAAGAGACUCCUGUUAAUACAAAAUGCCCACCAUUAUCUAAAAUUUGGAGAGAUUCAUACAGUACAAAUAACUGCAGCCACAUACAGUCCUGAUUGGCAACUUUUGCUAACAGGAGCUCGUGAUGGAUCCAUAAAAAUGUGGAAUUUCACCACUGGAAUGUGCCUGCUUACCUUAAAUAUUGAAAAAGACUGUGAGGUAACCAGCCUUGUAUGGCUUAAAAAUCGAAUAUUGGCUACAGGAUGGAAUUUGCACAUUGUAGAGUUUGAUGACAAGGGGAAAGCUAUGAAAGGAAAGGACUGGGAAAGUUUACACACUGAUGAUGUAGUAUGCAUGGUGUGUCGUGAACCAGAAUCUUUGGCAACACUCUCUUACUGUGGUGAGCUUGUUCUUUGGAGGCUUGAAACAGGACAGCCAUACAGCUGCUAUAGUGUUGCAGAUCCCACAAACAGAAUUGUGUUGCAGCAGGAGGCAAUGGGUGCCGUUCAAGCUGCACCAUCGACUACAAGUUCAUUUCCAUCAACAAUAAGUGCCUUUUCCAAAAUCAUGGAUGCACCAUCACAACAACUAUCACAACACUCAAAAGAUUUUAGUUACAAGAGGAGGAAGACAUACCUUGAGUUGCCAGAGGGCCCCAAACUUACACGCCAGUUGUCUAGAAUAACAUUGCCUCUGUUGGGAAGUGGAUCUCGUCUAUUGGAGAAAAAUCUUAAUGCUCACACAAUGAUGUUUCUCAGCGCUCGGCCUAUGCAGAGUAAUAUUGGAACAUUGCUUAUAGCUUUGGAUAAUGGCUAUGUGCAACUGUGGGCCCAUCAUCAAGCUGGAGGUUUUAUUAGUUCAUUUCUUUGCAUACAUGUGUCUGGAGACUACAUUCUUUCCAUGGCAACUGAUCCGGAAAACUCAUAUCUUUUCACAGGAUCAUCACUGGGCUACAUAAAAGUUUGGUUGAUGGAGAAUUAUGGCUUUCCACAUGAUGUGAAUAUAUGCCUACCCAAACUCAGACUACAGUUUCCAUUUCUCCUGAAGGAUCGUAUUGAGGGGCGUGCAAAACGCAUACUGUAUAAUCAGCCACUGCCUCUCCUCCUGUCAUCAUACCGAGGACACCUGCGGGGCAUCAACCAUCUGGAAUACCUCUCUGGAUGUGAGCUUUUAAUUAGCUCGAGUGCUGAUAACACUGUUCGCAUUUGGACCUUAGCUGGACGCUAUGUGGCUGUAUUGGGUACACCAAGACCAUGGGAUCAGUUAUUACCCCACAUACCCCUACCAGCUAAACAUGCUUUCAUAUUGCCUCCUGAUGUUCGAAAGUAUGCUUCUUCAACAACACUUAAGGUACUCCGAGGUGGAUGGGUUGACUAUGCAUCACAUAAGAAAAGAGAUGAGAAUGAAGCACUUAGAGAAAUGCCAAAGGACCUCAUAGAAAAAGGAACAUAUGGUAAAAGGGUAAAAUCACCAAUUCUUGGAGAUCAUUUUAGAAUGCCCAGCAGAGUGAUGAGUCCAAGCCACCACCCAGUUCUUGAUGUUUCCUUGCCUGUGACACCUGUGUACCGUUUCCUAGAAUAUGAUGAAAUUAAAGAGCCCCGAACUAUUCCUACAAACCAAAAAGCAUUUCUUACUUUUGCUAAAUGA